CUGCGCCUGCGUCCCGCGGCACGCUGAGGGACAAACAGAGCAGCUAUUGUUAGCAGACGGCCAGCCAGCCAGCAGGUUGAGUCAGAGUUAUCCCGAACUCACCCACCUACCUGUUGAAUAUUUACACCAUUUAUUUGCAAAGCGAGGGCCGACUCACUGUCGAAGAACAAAGUCAAAACCUCGGCUGUGGACAGGUGAGGAAAGGAAGGAGGACAUCGAGGAAAACUCGGGAGGAAAGAAGGAAGUAAAUAAGGACAACAACGACCGUUGGGCUGGAACUCAACAGGUUAGCUACUUCAAUGUUAUAGCAGCGGCUCGGACUUUUUAAUUUCCCCCCACGUCGUAAAAGAAACAAACACGAAAUAAAAUGCCGUUGGGACCAUGGAGGAAGAAAAACAAGUCGACGAAAGAGCAGUUGGUGGACAACGAGGAGGUCAGCGGCGGACAGGCAGGUGCCGGGAGCUUGGGUAAAUCCGCUGUGAACGGCGCCGGGCUCCCGCCUCCACCUGCCAACCUGCGGCCCAAGCUGGUCUUCCACACUCAGCUGGCGCACGGAAGCCCCACCGGCAGGAUCGAGGGAUUUGGCAACGUGAAGGAGUUGUAUGCGAAAAUAGCUGAGGCUUUUAAUAUAAGUGCACCUGAGAUCCUGUUUUGCACCCUAAACACCCACAAGAUAGACAUGGAUAAGCUGCUGGGGGGGCAGAUCGGCCUCGAGGACUUUAUCUUCGCCCACAUUAAAGGGAUCAAGAAGGAGGUGGAAGUGUAUAAAUCUGAGGAAGCUCUGGGCCUCACCAUCACCGACAACGGAGUAGGCUACGCUUUCAUCAAGCGCAUCAAGGAGGGCAGCGUGGUGGACGGGGUGAAGGUGAUCUGCGUGGGUGACCACAUAGAGUCCAUUAACGGGUCUAACAUCGUCGGAACGCGGCACUACGAGGUCGCCCGCAUGCUUAAAGAGCUGCCCAAAGACAAGUCCUUCACCCUCAAACUGGUUGAACCGAUGAAGGCCUUCGAAAUGCUUGAGCCCAGAUCAAAGGGCGCCAAACCUGCCACUGACAACAAGAUCGGCACAGGAAGAGGGACUCUGAGGCUUCGCUCCAAGGGUCCAGCAACGGUAGAGGAGGAGCCAACAGAAUUUGAGGAGAAAGCAGUGAAGAAGGUCGAUGACCUCCUGGAGAGCUACAUGGGCAUCAGAGACACUGAACUUGCUGCUACGAUGGUCGAGGUCGGCCGUGACAAGAAGAACCCGGACGAAUUCGCCAUGGCGUUAGACGAAACCCUCGGAGACUUCGCCUUCCCGGACGAGUUUGUCUUCGACGUGUGGGGCGCCAUCGGAGACGCCAAGCAAGGAAGAUUUUAAGAUUUGCUCCUGCUUCUCCUAAAAAAAACAAAACAAAACAAAAAAACACACAUACACACAAAACACACUCCCUUCUUCCCCAAAAAUCACCUCUUAAUAUCCUCAGAAGCCAACUGGACAAACUUCCAACCAGUGCAAACGGGGUCGGGGGGGUGGGAGGAGGGGAGGGGGUGGACGAAGUGUUCUUACCAACAUGUUGUUCUUAGGUGUCGCUUUGCACUCGGAUGGAGAAUCUUAACGUGUCGACUCGGGCGAAGCGGGGUUCACGUAAGGAAUUUAAACAUGCUAGAGAGUUUUAAGUGUUAUCUUGUAAAGAUAUCCAUGAAAUGUGGGAUGCAGUUUACCACGCCGGACCUGCGUCCUGCACGCUGAAGAGUUGGCGAUUAAUUCCAGAUGAUGUUUUAAACCUUUUUUUUUUUUUAUGUAGACACGAUAGCUGCAUCUUUAUGAGCUCAUGACGCCGUCCUUCUGUUGGGGACAGCGAACCUCCUAGUUAACAGUGGUCUAUUACACUGGUUAUCAAUGGUACGUGCACACAUGUUAAAAAUUUUAAAACAAUCACAGUUUUAAUCACUUUGUAGCUGUGUAAUUUUGAAUAUACAGAUGUAUCACACAGCUUUUUAUAGGCUCUUUUUAUAUGUGAAAAUGCUGCUGAUUUUUUUUUUUUUUUUUUCCAGCAGCGGCAGCAUUGUGUAAUUAGUGUAAUUAUAGCGAUCGUGGCAAUAUUUCUCUCCUCAAACAAACUUUUUAUUUCCCCCCUCGUGUUCGUUUACUUGUGAUUUUUUUCUUAAAACUCCUCUCUGUGCCCUUACACAUCUCUUCUUGAGCCUUGCGUCCAUCCGUCAGUCGCUGGAUUACACAGCAGAGACCAGAGGGGGUUUUUAUAUCUUUUUUAAAUGCCUUUUUAGCCAAGUCGACUACACACAUUCCACCAAUAUUCCUUAUGUUUCUGAUGUUCUUGUAGUCUUGUCAGCACACCGUUAAACGUGUCAUGAAAUGAGGCAUAUUAGAGACUUUUUUUUUUUUUCCCUGUAAUUUAUUUUAUCAUGAAAAAGAAAUCAUAUGUUGUAAGACAUUUUUACAGAGACAUGGCUCAACAUGAAAGCCAUUUGUUUUUGUGUUUUUGUUGAAAGCUGUGUCUGGAAUGGGAUCAAUUGCAAUCCAAUGUCUUAAAUAAAUGCACUCGGAUUAAUGUAACUCCACUACUUAAAUCACUGUCAAACUGAAUUUAAAUAGUGACUUGAUUGGUGUCAUAUGUUCACAGCGUAUUGUUUGACGAACCAUAAGGGAUCUCUGUUGUUGGAUAGAUAAUAAAAGAUGAUAUACUGUUAA